AUAAUAAAAAAAAUAACAAUAACAAUAACAAUAAAACAGAGCAAAAUAAAUAACUUAUAUAAGACCAUUGGAGAUUCAAAAUUUUCUAAGUAUAUUAUAUUUGAACAACCGAGGAAUAAUGGUUCUCAAGUACAUUUCCCAGAACCAAAAAAGCUGUCAUAUGCAUAUACAGUUUUGCAUAUAAAAUUUGUUGGAAAGACAAUAUUCUUUGUGGUUUCCGUUUAUGCGUCUAAUACUUUCAGUAUCUUACCAAUCUUUUCCUUGCAGACUUCGUCAAACUGUCACACAAAUAAUAAAGAAAGAUGAAAGAGAUGGUCUUCUGCAGCUGAGAGAUUCUGUUACUUCAGAUGCAAAUUUGCACUCCAAUUGGACAGGACCCCCAUGCAUCAGCAAUGACAGCAAAUGGAUUGGAAUUGCUUGCUCAGACGGUCAUGUUGUUCAUAUUGUGUUGGAAGGGAUUCAACUCUCAGGUUCUCUUCCACCCACAUUCCUACUCAACAUAACUUUCUUAGCCAUACUCAGCUUUAGAAACAAUACAAUCUCAGGACCCCUACCAGAUCUCACAAAUCUUGUGCAUUUGGAACAUGCUUUUUUCUCCCAAAACCGAUUUUGGGGUUCAAUCCCUUUGGAGUAUGCCGAAUUGCCAAAGCUCAAAGCUAUGGAGCUGCAAGAGAAUUACUUGGAUGGAAAUAUUCCUCCUUUUGAUCAGCCAAGUUUGACAAUUUUCAAUGUCUCUUACAAUCAUCUUGAAGGUCCAAUUCCCAACACUGAUGCUCUACAGAGAUUUCCAAGUAGCUCAUACGACCAUAAUUCAGGUCUGUGUGGGAGUCCUUUGAAAAAACCAUGUCCAUUUCCACCUCCUCCGCCUCCAGACGUUUCACCAUCUCCUUUGCCAACUCCUGUGAAUCCGGAAAAGGAAAAGAAGAAGCCUCUUCGAUUGUGGAGUAUUGUUUUGAUUGCGUCUGCAGCAUCCCUGGUUCCUGUUAUUGUCAUUCUUUUCUCCUUGUGCUAUUACAGGAUGAUGCAUCGCAAAGAAAAGACUACUGAAAAUCAGGCAGAAAUAGAAAUAGCAGCUCGUUCAGAGAGCAUAGACGAUUUCCAAAGGAGGCAGCAGGAGUUGGAAUUUUUUGACAAGCAAAUUUCAGCAUUUGACUUGGAUGAUUUACUGAGAGCAUCAGCAGAAGUGUUGGGGAAGGGGAAACUAGGCACCACGUAUAAAACAGUACUUGAAUCAGGUACUACUGUGGCUGUGAAGAGGCUUAAAAAUAUGAGCGGUUUGAGUAAGAAGGAAUUUGUUCAACAGAUGCAGUUGCUGGGGAGUCUGAGGCAUGAAAACCUUGUCCAAAUCAUCUCCUUCUACUAUUCCAAGGAGGAGAAACUAAUUAUCUCUGAGUUUGUCCCGAAUGGCAGUUUGUUUGAGCUUUUACAUGAGAAUAGAGGAGUCGGAAGAGUACCAUUGAAGUGGGAAACAAGACUGUCUAUAAUCAAAGACAUAGCAAAGGGCCUUGCAUUUCUCCACCAAUCUCUGCCUUCUCACAAAGUCCCUCACGCCAACCUCAAAUCCUCCAAUGUUGUCAUCCAACAAAACUUCCAUUCAAAACUCUCAAACUUCGGAUUCUUACCGCUCCUACCGUCCAGAAAGUCCUCUGAAGCGCUGGCCAUAGCCAAGUCUCCAGAAUUUGCUCAAGGCAAGAAGUUGUCAAACAAAGCAGAUGUAUACUGCUUUGGUAUAAUCUUACUGGAGAUCAUUACUGGAAGAAUCCCAGGCGAAAUCUCAAGAGUAGACGAUGAUGAUACAACUGAAGACCUGUCUGAUUGGGUUAGAAUGGUGGUCAACACUGACUGGUCCACUGAUAUAUUGGAUAUGGAGAUAUUGGCAGCAAAAGAAGGUCACGAGGAGAUGUUGAAGCUCACUGAGAUUGCUUUAGAGUGUACAGAUUUGUUACCAGAGAAGCGGCCUAAGAUGCCUCAAGUGUUGCAGAGAAUAGAAGAGAUCAUUGAGCAAAAGCGCAGAGAAAAUGAUUGAAUCAGUCAUUACAAGAUUUUGGAAGUUUCAGCUGGUUGAUUAUUGUACAAUCUAUAAUUGCGAUUCAUCAAUUCUAUUGUUGCGUUUGUUUUCCUGCCAAUAUGUGGGUGUUUGUUUUUUUGGGUUAAUACCAACAUAUAAGUUUAUUAUAUAGAUAGCUGGACUGGACAGUUAAAGAGUCUAGACCACUACAACAAUUUUUUGAAAGAGUUUAUUUUAUAUAGUGCUUAACAAUCCAAAUAAAUCACUAUUGCAUAGUAAAUUUAACUUAGUGUAUAUUUUGAAGGUAAAGUUGAUGAGUUUUUGAAUUUCUGAAUCAUUAACGAAUAAAUUUAACUGCCCACCUGAAAGCAACAUAAACGUACGGAAUGAU